CUGGCCACGACCAUCAAUUGGUAGGGCGGAGGAGCACUGCUUUUUUUCUUUUUCUUAUUUUUCUUUUUUCUUUUUUCUCUCUUCAUCUUUCCAUUGCCUCGACGAUUACGGCUUUGGGUGUCAAGGCAAGGGCCCAGACUAAGACAAGCCCAGCCCAGCCCAGCACUUUGUCUGUGUCUCGGCUACGCAGAAAAAAAAAAGAACCUUGAAAGAAAAGAAAAUCCCCCUCCAACCACCCCCCCCCCCCCGGAAGCUGCACCGACAUCCGGCGGUUCGAGCCCUUGAGAACGAAAGAAACACCGCGGUGCAGAGGCUUCUUGGCCCUGCGCUGGCAGAAAUGCAGCCGUUUGGCCGUGCUGUCUGGCGACAUGGCAGGAUAGGGCUGGAGUUGGCCGCAAGGCCUGCCAACCGCGGCAUCACCACAGCCCGAUGGCCCUCGACGGCCUGCAUGCGCUGCCAUGUCCAGACCGUUGCCUUUCCUGUCCGCUUCUACUCUUCUCAGCCUCCCAACGACGCCGACAAACCCCCCGUCCCCCCUCCAUCCGCCCCCAAAGCCGACAAACCGGCUGCAGCCGCGAAAAAUGCAGCUGCCGAACCCGCCACCCCUUCGUGGUCCCGGCCAAGCUGGCUGGAGCUGCCAUCGAUAUCCGAGGAGCGGCGGAGUGCCUUGAACAAGCAGUUCAGUUCCAUCAUGGACAAUGUUCAGUCAAAGGUCCUCAAUGCCUCGCAGAAGCUCAACGAGAUCACCGGCUACACUGGCAUCGAAGCCAUCAAGGUGGAGAAUGAACAGCUGGAGAUUGGCUUAGCCGAGGCCCAGGCCCGUGUGCGGGCCGCCAGACAGGCAUACAAGACGUCAAAUAACAAGAGAGCAUCUACCCAGCGUGAAGUGACGACGCUGCUUGCCCGCAAGGAUACAUGGACACCGACGGACCUUGAGCGCUUCACAGAAUUGUACCGCACUGACCACGUCUUGGAGGGCGAGGUCGUCACGGCACAGGAAACUCUGACCGAGGCCGAGUCCGAUGAGCAGAAGCUCAGCCAGAAGCUCAGCGCCGGCAUCCUAAAACGCUAUCAUGAAGAGCAGAUUUGGAGCGACCGGAUCCGAAGGGCCUCGACCUGGGGCACCUGGGGCCUGAUGGGCAUGAACUUUAUCCUCUUCGUGGUGCUCCAGUUUGUUGCCGAGCCCUGGAAGAGGAAAAGGCUGGUCAAGGGCGUCGUGGCAGAGGAGAAGCGAGUCCUGGAUGAAGUUCAGACCGAGCUGGCCGUUAUCAAGACCAACCUCGACAAGAUGGCCGAGGCCGCCGAGGUCGAUAGGGUCAAGGCUCGUGAAAAGGAAGCCCAGAAGAUCCUCAGCCUGACAAAGAUCAGGGAGGCCUGGCAGUCUACCAUGUCUGCGGUCUGGAUCCGCAGCUUCCAGGAUUUGAAGGAUCUUCUGUUGCAAUGGAAGGCUCUUAUAACAGAUCUCGAAGUGUGGAGAGCAGGUUUCGAAUACCUGAUUAGCGAGCGCCAGGUGGACUUGCGUAUGCGAGACGCAUCCGCCCUGGUGCUGGAGGGCCUCAUCACUGGCAUAUUCAUCACAUGGCGCAUGGGAGCGUUGUUUGGACGUAAAUGA